AUGACAAAGAAAAUAGAGCAAAUCAUGAACAAUAUUGGAUACCAUCCAAAUAACUGUCCAUUACCAAAACUAUCAAGACCAUCAACUGCAUCUCCAAUGGAAUUAGAAUCACAUAGUUUAGCGAACUACUAUGAUACUGAAAGACUCAGAUUACGUGAUCUUAGGUCUGAGCAGCGUAAGUCUAUUGUCGAAAAGCAAGAAGAAGAAAUGGAAUUAUUUAAGAAGAAAAAUAAAAUACGAGGAGUCGAUCAAGUGGAUGCUAAACUAGCUAACCUUCUUGUUCUAAGAUACAACCGUGACCCAAGAAUGAAGGAAAUGCAAGACAAUCUGAAACAAUCAUUUUCAGCUCAAAACAGAAUUUCACGAGCUGAAAGAGCCUACAAGAUGAAACUUGGCCAGUUAAUAUCAUCACAAAAAAUUGAACUGCAAAAGUUUGAUCGAAAAGUUGAAGUUGAACUUCAGCAUUUUGAUUCAAUUGCAGCUCAAGAGAUGAAAAAUCAAACAUCUGUCCUUAGGAAAUCUAUGCCAAUAACGUCUAUUCACAAUACAUUUGAUAUGUAA